AUGUAUAAGAGAAAGACAGUCCUUCUUUCCGUCUUGAUGAGUCUCUUAGGACUCACAACAUAAUAGUCCAGCACUGAAACCCUUUUACUUGUGAUUGAAGUAGCUAGACAUGGUGCUAGAUCUCCAGAGCAGUUUUCAUAAUACAACAAAACAUCAGUGAAUUUCAAUGAUACAUCUUAACUGCUUGAGGGAGGUUGGGAUCAACAUUACGAAAUAGGAAAAAGUCUUCGAUAAAGACUUGUUACUGAAUAGAAAUUACUCUCAGCUGAUUACAGCACGAAUGAGGUGUAUGCACAAGCAACAUCCGCGACAAGAACUCUCAAUAGUACUCAAGCCUAACUUAGUGGUUUAUUCCCAGAUUAAGCUCCUGCCCACAAAUGGCUGAAAGCAUCGCCUGGAACAAAAACCUAAGGAUACACAAUCAACCAAAUUGCCUAAGCAGAUAACUUAAUUACUCGUCUUAAUGAAGCUAAUUGUGCCAAAUACAAAAGCGCAUUCGAUGAUGUUACAGCUAGUGCCGCUUACAAAAGGGGAAGAGGAUAUUGGUACCAAACUUACAAUCAAACUCUUUCAAAUUUGGUUGGCAGACCUAACUUGAGUGAGACUCAAUUUGACGCAACAUGCGAGUACCUGUUCUUCUCUUAGUACACCAAUAUUGUUCUCAAUUUCACUCCUACCGCAUUCGACAGAGCUUAUUGCUCAGCAUAUGAAGACGGCUGGAUCUAUAAAACUUCAUUUGGAACAGAUCAAGAAUGGAAACUUGUCUCCUAUGAGUUCUUAAACUAACUAAAUGAAUUCGCACUAUUUUUGAAUGGAACUAGAACAAUAGCACAACUGACAACAUUCCAAAAAUAUUUCAAGAAGACUGCAGGCCCUAUGCCAAAGUUCUUACUUUACCUAAGUCAUGAUGAGAUUAUGUCAGCUUAUCUCGAAGGUUUAGGCUUCCACCAGCCAUACGGCUCUUUUCCUGCUGCUGGAAUCUUCUUUGAAUUUUUCAGAGAUAGCGCCUAAAACAAUCAGAUUUUCGUGAGAACUUAUUUCAAAUAAACCCUUGGUGAGACUAAGUCUAUCACUCUUGCUGAUCAAACUUCAAAUGUGAUUAGUUUAGCUGCCUUUUAAAGCACUAUUGCGAAAAGGAUUCAACUAUCUGGAAUAACAGAUAUUGCUAAAUCAUGUGCUGAAGCCUAUGUUUCUUCUAACACAUACUAUGAUCCUGAACUUUAUAUUACGGAGCUAAAGCAGAAAUAUGCUGCAGAUCUUUCCGGCAUUAGUCUUCUUUAAUCUAUGACAUUAAAAGGACUCAUAAUGAUAGGAACUAUGAUGAGCUUUUCAUACUACUGA